AAUGGACGGGCUCCACAAGAAUUCAAUCCGGCACAACUUGUCGCUCCACAGCCGAUUCAUCCGGGUGCAGAACGAAGGUACCGGGAAAAGCUCCUGGUGGAUGAUCAACCCAGAUGGUGGGAAAGGUGGGAAGGCACCGCGGAGACGGGCUGUGUCCAUGGACAAUAGCAACAAGUACACGAAGAGCAGAGGGCGGGCAGCUAAGAAAAAGGCGGCCCUGCAAACGGCCCCGGAGGCGAGCGAGGACAGCCCUUCUCAGCUCGCCAAGUGGCCAGGGAGUCCCACUUCCCGCAGCAGCGAUGAGCUGGAUGCAUGGACAGAUUUCCGCUCCCGUACCAAUUCCAAUGCCAGCACAAUAAGUGGCCGCUUGUCCCCAAUUCUGGCGAGCACCGAACUAGAUGACGUUCAGGAUGACGACGCUCCGCUCUCUCCUAUGCUGUACAGUAGUCCAUCGAGCCUGUCCCCAUCAGUAAACAAGCCAUGUACUGUGGAGUUACCAAGGUUGACUGAUAUGGCUGGGACAAUGAAUCUGAACGAUGGACUGACAGAUAACCUCAUGGAUGAUCUCUUGGACAAUAUAACACUCCCUUCCUCCCAGCAGUCACCCCCAGGAGGGAUAAUGCAGAGAAGCUCCAGUUUUCCAUAUGGUUCCAAAGGUUCAGGGCUGGGUUCUCCAUCAAGCAGUUUCAACAACGCUGUGUUUGGGCCAUCGUCCCUGAACUCCCUUCGCCAGUCGCCCAUGCAGACCAUUCAGGAGAACAAGCAGGCCACCUUCUCUUCCAUUUCUCAUUACAACAACCAGACGCUGCAGGAUCUGCUUGCCUCGGAUGCGCCCAGUCACAGUGAUGUCAUGAUGACGCAGUCUGACCCGCUCAUGUCACAAGCCAGCACAGCUGUGUCCGCCCAGAAUUCCCGCAGGAAUAUCAUGCUCCGCAGUGACCCCAUGAUGUCGUUUGCUGCGCAGUCCAGCCAGGGCGGUCUGGUCAAUCCCAACCUGCCGCAUCACCAGCACCCGUCUCACAACUCCUCUCUUAGUGGCAGCCGUGCCUUGUCAAAUUCCAUCAGUAACAUUGGCUUAAAUGACUCAAACAGCUUGGGAUCCACCAAACAUCAGCAGUCACCAGUCAAUCAGUCUAUGCAAACACUUUCUGACCCGCUCUCAGGCUCCCCUUUGUAUUCCUCUAGCGUGAACCUCCCGGUCAUGGGACACGAGAAGUUCCCAAGUGACUUGGACCUGGAUAUUUUCAAUGGGAGCUUGGAGUGUGACAUGGAGUCCAUUAUCCGCAGUGAACUCAUGGAUGCAGAUGGGUUGGAUUUUAACUUUGAUUCCCUCAUCUCAGCCCAGAACGUUGUCAGUCUGAAUGUGGGAAACUUCACUGGUGCUAAACAGGCUUCAUCACAGAGUUGGGUACCAGGCUGAAGGAUCUUUGAGAACAGGGGAAAUGGGCAAACAGGCCCUCAAACUGACACGAGACAUAGAGAGCGAGCGAACCCUUUGCCAAAUCUGCUGUCAGCAAGUGGACAGUGAUACUGUUUACAGCAUACGACCUUUGUGAACCCUGCAUUAUUUUCCUAAUGAAGCAGACUGUUAAUAAGCCCCAUCCUGAGUGAAGAUCCUCUUUUUUUUUUCUUUACUUUUUUCCUCUUUUUUUUUUUUUGGGAAUUGAACUCAUUCUGAAGUAUGCAAAAAUAUUCCUUUCCCGGGAUGGCCAAACACCUGCUGUGGAGACAAUGUUCAGCACCAUCCUGUUGAGAACACACUGUGUAGCCUUUGCAGUAGUUAUUUGUCAAUGAGUAUGUGGUGUUUCAAUAUAUUAAUGGUUUAUGGGAUGUUUUAAGUUGGCUUUUCAUUUUUGGAGGUGUUCCCUGUCUGCCCACCCUCUCCCCCUUGCCCUGACCUCCAGUUUGAUUUCCUUAGAUUUUUUGACCUUUUUUGCUUUCUCUCCCUGGGGAAUCUGAAAACACAGCGUACAUGCAAGGAAACCUUAUCCUGAUUAUCAUAACCCUACCUGGCUCUGUCCUGAGUUUUUCUGACUAUACAGCAUUCAUUUUACCAAUCAACUGACCG